CCGCUGCAGGAUUAAAGAUAAAAGGCUUUUUUCAUCCAGCAUGAUGAGACUCAGAGGUCAAGGACAGAGACCAGGAGACGGGAGAAAGUUCUACUGAGAUUCUGUUUCCAGUCUAAUUCAGGUCAUAGAGCCAAUGGGAGUUGAAUACCACCUGAAAGGUUGUGUUUAUAACAUCAGGAGGAAAACUAAAACAUUAAGAGAACGUGUGGAGCCUCAUUGAAUCAAAAUCAAAUUAGUGGUUAUUUAAAAAGCAAACAUUGAUGGUUCUUGUGAUUAACAGUGUUGACAUCUCCAAUAAGCCGGCGAGCACCAAAUCCAAUUGAUCCAUUGAUAUUGAUUCGGGUAUAUAGCCAGGACAGAGUCGUGUCUGAUCUCUGCUUAGGAGGUCACUAAUUUCAUUAUAAUCCAUCAUUCGCUCUCACCCUGGAGUCGUCAGCCACAGUGCUGAGUUGGCGCUGGCUCAGAGAAUCAAUGGACUAAUACUUGUCAUUAUUUCAAACCACAGAUCAGAUAAAUACAAACCACUCCUGCUCGGAGCGCGUUCUGUUUACACACCUCUUAUUGUUCAGAGAGGCUGUUUGAAGAAUUGACUUCUCCUCCGCUGACGGCUACGGGGAAUUUGGCAGGUUGUGUUUGUAGUGACGCUUGUUGUUGAAGGAGACAUGUGUUGCAUCCUGUUUUUGAUGCAUGUGCAGGUGUGCACGUAGUUUGGAAUUGCAUCCCUGGCACACGGCUUAUCUUAGCGGCACAGCCAGGGCUUAAAGAUCCGGCUAACCCUAAACCCUAGGUCCCACCUCGCCACGUGGAGAGUCGUAUUAGGAAAUUAUUUUUAACAAUGCAUUGAUACUUAAGUGGAGAGCUGAGGAGGAGGGUCCUGACAGGGAUUUCAGGAGGAGAGGUUAUCACAACACACACACUCACAGACUCACACACUCACAAAUCCUUCAGCAGUCCUGGACAGCAGAGUGUAGUAGGUGGGAAGAAGCUCUGUGUGGCAGUGAGGCAAGCAGGAGUAAAAACAGGACUGAGGCAAGUCCUUUGAUCGCUGCAUUGUUUUCCAGAGAACUUGUUCAAAGAGCAUUUCUGAACGUGAGCUGUUUACAGGUUCAGUGCUGUGAGUCAGAAAAAGCCAAAAGCAACAUGAAGGAGGUCAGCUAGAGUUCUUCUGGGAGAACCUGCUCGAUCCUGUAGUUUUUUAACGUUAAAGAGCAAAACAAGGUCGGGCAGCCCAGGGUGACUGUCUAACCACUUUUGACAAGUCACCAGACUGUGCACUCGAUUUGUCUUCCUCAUCGAUUUAAUGACACAAGCACAAAGCGGCAGGACUCAUCAUUUCUCUAGCUCCACUUCACAGAUCAUCUUUUUGUGAAACGGUUCCAAGAUAAGACUGAAGUGAAGCUGGAUGAUCUACAAAAAAGCACAUGGACUUUUCCCCCACAAUGGAGAGAGACACAAACGGACCUGCAGCUCCACAACCAUCUCCACCUCUGAAUGGACUCUGGAUUAUAACCCUUGAAUUGUGACCGAGAGAAGGACGAAGAGUGACGCAGCCAAUUAAACUGUGAAUCCACCGCCGGCGGCAGAGAUGAGCUGCGUGUUGCUCUGAGGAGAAGAAGUGAAAUCACUCCACAACCCCUUGCGAAUGAGGGUGGGGCUCUCACUCUCCACUCCACAGACAAAGACCCCGGUAGAGAGAGUCCCGGUGUGAGACCUGGACAUCGGGAGCAGGUUGUGCACCGGCCUGUCACGAUGGGGUGCAACAUGUGUGUGGUUCAAAAGCCCGAGGAGCAGUACAGGGUGAUGUUCCAGUUGAAUGGGAAGGAGCUGUCCCGCCUUUCCGGGGACCCCACCCUGGACAUGCGGGACCCGGUGCUGUCCAACAUACUGCGGCGGGGGGCUCGCAGACGGGCAGGUCUGGCGGGAGCUCCUGGAGGGUUAGUGCCUCUGACCAUGGGCAUGGCCGACUGUGUGGACAGCUGCACCCAGACAGACAUCAGCUUCCAGCAUAUGUUGACCCUGGGAAAGAGCAGCCAGCAUCCCUGUGGCGCACCACCCCCGCCCGACCCUCCGCCAUCGCCGCCGCUACCGCCCCUACUGGAGCCAUAUCUGCUCCAUGAACUCUUCAACGAGCCUGUGUACUAUGACCCCACGGACUACUUCGAUAUCGCUCAGCACGAAGUGGACCGGCAGGACGAGCUGGAAUAUGAGGAGGUGGAGCUGUGCAAGUUCCGUCAGCAGGACAAACUCGGGCUGACGGUGUGUUACAGGACCGAUGACGAGGAGGACCUGGGGAUAUACGUGGGAGAGGUGAACCCGAACAGUAUCGCUGCGAUGGAUGGCCGCAUCCGCAAGGGAGACAGAAUACUACAGAUAAAUGGAGUGGACAUCCAGGACCGAGAGGAGGCGGUGGCUAUUCUCACCAGAGAGGACAGCACCAACGUCUCCCUGCUCCUCGCCCGACCCGAGAUAGAGAACGACAACCAGCUGGACCCAGAUGAGCUGGACCUGGAGCCCCUGGACAACGCUGAGCACCUGCCCAGCAGCCACAGAGUGAGGUCCGGCACCUGCCUCCUGGGUGCCGGAGCAGGCGGUGUUGCAGGUGGAGGUGUGCUAGGAGGUCACGGUCGGUCCCUGAGCAGGGAUUCACCCGAUUUGCUCCAGACGGUGCUGAGCAACAGCCAGGAGCUGGACAGCGGGGUGGGCCGUACAGACGAAAGCACCCGCUAUGAGGAGUCGUCAGAACACGACCUCCUGGGUGACGACCACACCAGUGCCCCCAAUACAAACGCCACCAAUACGCCGGGCAGCAUGCGCAAGUUUCUGUCUGGCAGAGGGGAUACUCCGCCCUUGCUGCACUCCCAGGACCUCCAGUUCAGCACUGACUCCCUCUUAGGGCUGGACUGUGUGAACGGUGGAGGGCUGGAGCCGGUGGAGCGACAGGAAAGAACCCACGUGGCGGAUCCAGUGAGGAUGAUGAUGCCUGGGCUGACGGAGGAGGAGUGUGAGAGGUACAAAGAGCUGCUGGAAAUCAAGUUUUACUACGAGAAGAACAGCGAUGCUCUGCUGGAACAAGACGGCGGGAGUGUCCCACUAGACGUGAAUAGGAACGAGAGCCUGACGCAGCAUGAGAUGGCUCUUCUGGAAGAGGAAUUGCGGCACUUGGAGUUCAAGUGUCGUAACAUCCUGAGGGCGCAGAAGAUGCAGCAGCUGCGGGAGCGCUGUAUGAAGGCUUGGCCUCUGGAGGACAAGAACGGAGCGGGUGCUGGACGCUUGGACAUUAGUGGGACGUUGGUCAACGAGGAGUCCUGUCAUCAUGCUCUCUCAGAUAUCAACGAGCUUCCGGAGAGGGAGCGCUCCGAUAAGGACAGUACGAGUGCCUACAACACUGGAGGGGAAAGUUGCAGGAGCACCCCUCUGGUCAAUGAACAGUACCCAUCACCCUCCACCCAGAGCCUGGAUGGGGGAGAGUCUCUUUAUUCGACUUCCACUAGGCAGAGAGAGAGGGGGACCAGGGACGGAGCACCAACAAACUUGAACCAACCCUACGCUCACAUUCACAGAAGAGCAGCGGACACUAAGACGUCCAGCCCUGGAGCAAAAGUCAGGUCCCUGUCCCGAGACGGAGGAACCAGGAGGGGCUCAGAUGGAGGGAUGAGACGUAACCCCAAAGCCAACGGGACAGCAGAGAGGGCUGGUGGACGCAGCGCAGAGAACAGCCCCUACCUGUCCCGUCGGCAAACUGAAACCAAGCCGCCUCACCGCUACCUGAGCUGCAUGCAGCUGAGGUCUCCCUCCACCUCUGAGCAGCUCUCUGGUCUCAGGGAGACUCUCAGAGAAGGAAGCUUGGAGAAUGGGGGUGACGACAGCCCCAUGAGCUUGGGCAGCACAUGUAAAGGUGUGGCCCAGGCCCCAGGUGCUGUCCCUUGUCCCUUGUCCCCCUCUCUGAUGCCUGCCUCCCCUCGCAUGGAGUGGAAGGUGAAGAUCCGCAGCGACGGCUCUCGCUACGUGGCCAAACGGCCGGUGAGGGAUCGCCUCCUGAAGGCCCGCGCCAUGAAGAUCAGGGAGGAGCGCAGCGGCAUGACCACGGACGACGACGCCGUGAGCGAGAUGAAGAUGGGCCGCUACUGGAGCAAAGAGGAGCGCAAGCAGCAGCUGCAGAAGUCCCGCGAGCAGCGGCGGCGCAGAGAGUUCAUGAUGCAGAGCCGUCUGGACUGUCUGAGGGAGCGCGAGAGGGAGCCGGGCAGCGGCGGCGGCCAGCAGGGGGCGACACACCAGCAGGAAGCCAACUCUAUCCUGGAGCUGUGCCACCGCAGGAGCUUGAAGAAGCGCAGUCGCAGAAUCAUGGACAACUGGAUCACGAUACAGGAGCUGCUGGCUCAUGGGAGCAGGUCUGAAGACGGGAAGAAGGUCUACAACCCGCUGCUAUCUGUCACCACAGUGUGAGGCUCAACACGACAGAGACAGGGAGUCAGAGAGAAGAGAAAGUGCCAAAAGGUUUGGUCAGAGCCUGAAGGAUGCAUCUCUGUGGCACCAACAUCCGUCUGCAGGGCUGCAGAAUCAAUCUGAAACACAAGUCAUUGAACGUAGCAUUUGCCCAAAUCUGAAAUGUUCAAAUCAAAGAGAAGCACAUGACUGAGACAGUCAGUAUCACAUCUUCCUUAACAGACAACACACACAUUAACAAUAUCACAUUGAACUUGUCUGGUUGAAUGGACCUGGACCAAUGAGGACACAGCUUUCUACCCAUGUUUCAGGUCACAUGUGAAGAAUGUGAUUCUUUUUUUAAUCUUCAUCUGAAUGUCACGGUCAAUGCACAGGACAGAAAAGAAGCGUGUGGACAGAGUUAAGAGACGAGAGGUGGACAUACAACAUGAGCCACAUACUCAGAGGGAAUCGAGCCUGGGAGCUGCAGCAAGACAAAGACGCACAUCGUCAUUCAUGUUGUGUCUCGUUACAUAAAGAGGAGAUGCUCUGUGAGAUGGCACCACCUGCUGUUAGACCGUUACAGCCGUGGUGCAGAACUGAGAAGGUUUUAUCUUUUCAGGCCUCUCAAUGAUGGAAUCAUGCAGCUGUGAAAACCACGAUGAGAAAAAAGCCACUUCUGUGCCAGAUAACUGUAAAUUGAGUGUCCUCACGGGACUUUUGAUGAAGCACAUUUUGAAAACGAUGUUGUGCCGGUUGAUGUAGUCGAGACCUUUUCUUCAUUCCCGCCGUGUUUGUGUACAAAUGUUUUUGGGAAAUGAAAGGCUGGGCGGAUUCUUUCCUUCAGGCAGAUUUCACCAAACAGCACAAGUUUCCAAGUGUUACAUACAGACUGAAAUAAUCUGAGGCACAAAGUAACUGACAGGAUUUUUUUUUUACUUGAAAAAGCACAGAAAACAUUUGAUAAAUAAAACUAUAAAGAUCAAAUCGUCUCUACAGUUGUGAGGUCAAAAUCCCCUGCUCACACCCAAUUGUGCCAUGUUGAAGAAAAUUAGAAAAUAAACCUGGAUCUGCUUUGAACUUUCAUGGAGAUCAGGAAAAUUAAAGCUGAUGAAAACUUCCUUAGUGGAGGUAGUGAAAACUGUAUGUCCCAUUAUGUAUGUUCCUAAACAUUACCUGUCCUUCAAGUCUGGUGUGUUAUUUCCAAAUUUUACCUUUUUGUCUCAAGCCACUGGAUAAUUAUCUAACAAGUUACCUGGACUAACAAUGUAAGCCAAUUUAAGUCUGGGGCGACUGAUCCAGGAGCAGAAGUUAGAUCUCAUUUUGCUUUUAUGCAUGUUUUGAUAUUGAGGCUGCCCCCCCCCCCCUCAUGUACUUAAAUCCUUUAACAUACUGUACUUGUAGAUGUCCUCCUAUGAUCUGCUCAUAGCGUAGAGAAAAAAAAA